AUAGAAUCUUUUAAAGACUCGUGUGUCGAGACCUGAACUCGAUUGCAGUGAAUCGAUUCCCAUGAAUAGCGAGAAUGAGUUGGCUAAACUCAUCCAGCAAGCUUAGAGCUCAAGCUUGUAGGAAAUUGUCACUGCGCAUUUACCGAAUAAGCUUUUCAGAAGUGGCUCUAUGAGUAUCCAUGACUAGGCAAAAACCUAACUUAGUUGUCUGGUUCAAAAGUGUGAUCUGUUUUUAUCUCGUCCCUCCUUGCUGCAUCUCUCCCUCAUCACUCCGGUCUCUUUUUACUAUCACACUGGAGCAUCUGGUAAAAUACCAGCAACCAUGACCGUGGUAUGACAACAGCCGAAUGAAACUUGUAGCAGGCUGUAAGGUAUUAUUGAAGACACAGUGUUUCAGUAGAGCACAAUGCUAGGCUGUGAUGGUGAAUCAAGAUCAAGGGUUCGAUACAAACUGACCAUUGUAACAGGACUGCUGGAGUGCCUGUGCUUUGCCGGGGUUGUGUUUGGAUGGGCUUCUCUUGUAUUUGUUUUAAAGACUGACGGAUACUUUAGUGAUCUGUGUGUUAAUGUGACUACAGCAAAUGGAACAACAGAUAAUGACUGCAGUGCUCAGGAUGAGCGGUUAUCGGUUAUCUUCACUGUCGCUUCCUUCAUGAACAACUUUCUCACUUUCCCCAACGGCUUCCUUUUUGACCUGUAUGGAACGAUGGCUACAAGACUUCUGGCAAUACUCCUCUAUACUACAGGGACAUUGCUUGUAGCAUUUUCAAGCAAAGCUUUAUCCCUCAUUCUCUUCCCUGCCCUUUCUUUCAUUGCUGUGGGCGGCAUUUUGUUACUUCUCACAAACAUGCAGGUGGGAAACCUUUGUGGCACUCAUCGCUCGACAAUCAUUACUCUCUACAAUGGUGCUUUUGAUUCCUCAUCUGCAAUUUUCCUCAUCAUCAAAGUCCUGUAUGAGAAAGGGAUUUCCCUUCAGACCUCUUUCCUCUUCCUGUCUGCCUGUGGUAUCAUUCAUCUACUGCGAACUCUUUUCCUUUUACCCAAAUCACACAUCCCUUAUUCAAUCCCAGAGAGCUACACUUAUGGGGUAAGCUGUCGUAAAUCAAAGAGCUAUAAUGUUGAACAAAAUGAGCUCAAGCAGGAGUCCACACCAGACAGUGAAAGACAAGGCAUGAGCAGAGACUGUGAACCAAUAAGGACAGAAGUCUCGCCUCAGAUGGAGGACGUCUUAAACAGAGAUAGCAGCUUUAAGAACUGUGUUCUAUCCUGGAUCUUUGUGUGGCAUCUGAUAUGGCUUUCAGUCAUGCAGCUGCGUAAUUAUCUUUUCAUUGGAACGCUGAACCCAAUGCUGAACCGACUGGCAAACCAGGACCCAGCCACUGUUAGCCACUACACCAAUGCGUUUGCCUUCACUCAGCUGACUGGGUUUCUCUGUGCUCCAUGGAAUGGCUUUUUAAUGGACAGACACAAGGGGAAGGCAUUGAAGCCAGGAGAGACAGAGAAAGAAGCAGACUUGCGCUCGUCCAUCCUGUCUCUCUUCUUCACCUCUCUGCAGUGCCUUCUCUUCUCUGUGUGCACAACCAUUCCUGUUCUUCCUCUGCAGUACGCCACGUUCGUCCUCCAGGUUCUCAACCGAUCCUUCCUGUUCGGCGGUAACGCUGCAUUCAUCAGCAUUGCGUUUCCUGCCAAACACUUUGGGAAGUUGUUUGGUCUUGUGAUGUCUCUCUCAGCUGUGGUGUUACUGCUGCAGUAUCCUUGUCUUGCUUUGGUCAAAUCUUUUGGAGGGGAUCCCUUCUAUGUGAACCUUAUUUUGACUAUUCUGAUACUCCUGGCUUUCGUCCAUCCUCUGAACGUCUUCUUUCACUGUAGAAACCUGGCCGCACAGAGGGGUAACACACAGAGCAUGCUGCAUGCUGAUUCCUCAAGAAGAGAAUCCACACUAUAGUACCAAAUAUAUAUAUAUAUGAGAAUGAAUGAUUAUAUAUAUGAUAAAAGAAUGAUUUAUUUAUUCUUUUGAAAUAGAAUAUCAAUAUUAUUAUUAUUAAGGAUGAGCGAGUACAGCAUUAUCUGUAUCUGUAUCUGUUAACCAUAUGAAUUAUCUGUAUCUGUAUCUGUACUCAGAAUAUUAUAUAUAUUACAUUUUAUUACAAUAUAUAUUACAGAACAAGUUUUGCAACAAUGAAAACAAAACAAUGCAGUGCAAUUAUGAAGUAAAAUGUAAUGAACAACAUAACUUUCUUUUUUAACUUUUAAUUUUUUUAUGAUCAGUGUGAUUUUUUUUAUUUUUUUGGUUCUUUUUUAUUUUUUUAUUUCCACACCAGGUGUGUGUGUGUUUGUGUGUAGCUUAAUAAUUAAUUUGUAAUAUUUAUAACACUAUCUUACUACCUUUAUGUUUUUAUGAAACAUGUCAGACACUCAGUGUCUGGUUACUGGUUAGAGACAGCUGAAGGUUUAAAAAAGAAAAAAAAUCUCUGACAGGCAGAGACGCAAUGCGAGUCGCAUUCUACCAAGCAAGCACCACGUCUGAACGAACCCAUGUUUACCAGAACUCUACUGGUUAGUAAGUACGUAUUAUUAACGUUACAACCCGAAGUAAAAAGCUGAAGAAACCCUAAACGUUAAUGGAAAAGACCCGCGAACCCGAGUGUCUGAGGGAGAGACAGAGAGCUGUUCUGUGUGUGACUGUGAGUGAGCAGAGCGAGACACAGCAACACAAUACAUCUGUACUGUAUGUGUGUAGGGGAGGGGCGCUGUGACUAGCCUAUCACAGGACGCUGACACAAUCGGCUACCCAAUGAUGAUUUUCAUUCAAUCCGAGCACAGAUAUUGACUCGUAUUACUCGUAUAAUACUCGUACUUGCCGGAAGUGCUUUAUCCGUACCGGAUACUCGUUUCAGCCGAGUAUCCGGCUCAUCUCUAAUUAUUAUCAAAAAUAUUUCAGUUUUUUAUUUAAAAAAAAAAAGGCAUUUUACAGCAGUCUUUUGUGAAUGUUUUAUUUUAGUUGACUAAAGAACAAAUGCAUGCCAAUGACAUGACAAAAUGGAAUGACAAAUAA